GAAACAGUAAAUAAAUUGCACAAGAAGGGUGCGUGACAUAAAACGGUCUAGUAAUUACUAAGCUUCUGUUCUCAGUUUGCUAUUGAUUUCUGCUGUUACUUCUCCAGUCUCAAGUUGAUCAGAAUGUCUUUAAUGAAAUGUAUUUCAGUGAUUUGUAUUGUCGGUAUUCUUUCCAAUGAAUGCCUAGGCGAAGAGUGCGCCGCCCUUCCUGACGGUGAGGUUGCUCAGAUAACCAACUUUAUCUCUGUGGAUAACAGCGUCAAUGAAUCUACUAUCUGCAUGAUGCAAUACCAGGUGCCAGAUGGGGCAAACCUCUGGCAAGGCAUGCUUGCAGCUAAUCAACAACAAGGGGAUAACUUCACUUUCGAGGCGUCUUUGAAUCCUAUGUACGGUCACUUCAUUACGACCAUUAAUGGCGUUGCAGGCAAUGCAGACUAUUUCUGGGCAAUCUUCGACGGGGAAGGAAUAGCGACACCUACAGGUGUUGAUGGAAUCGAACUUGAAGAUGGAGACUCAUACAUCUUUAAUUACAUGUCAACUGCUACAUCCAAUUCAAGCGAUCACACUAUCGCCAACUAUACAGGGCUAUGUUUGAGUGCACCCAACAUCCCAGCUAACGUGCCCCUGAUGUUACUCAGUACAUUCAUCACCAUCUCAGAUGAGAACACGGAGGAUGUGAGUGAGGGAACCAAUUUCAAACCCGUAUGCAAUCAACUGGUCCUCUAUGACCAACCACAGUCAACAUUGUAUGACGUCAUGCAGAUGGUCAACGAUCAGGUCCCAUUGGACAUCCGUGUUGUAUUAGAUUCUUCUACCAUGAGCGUGAUGACAUUAAACAAUUUAACCAAUGAAGAUGGAUACGAAUGGACACCGUUCAAUGUUAGGACCAACAUGACACUCCCAAGGGAUCUCUCGAUGAUCCAACUUUCUGACGGUGAUCAGAUUCGUUUUUACUUCGCCGAAGUCGGUGGUGACCAGAGUGGUGUUGACGACAAUAACGAUGGCUCAUCUGGAGUUAAGACCACAAUGUCUGUCAUCUUGUUCCUCUCAUCAAUCUUUCUAUCUUUCUACAUGUAGAGAAUGUAUGGGCAGCGAAUUUCACAGACUCUAUAAAAGAAAAAUUAUUUCAAAAUAACCGUCGAUUAAAAAUUAGUUUAGAUUAAGGUUCAGUAAAAUAUGGUAUAGUGCCAUUUUCCAAAUAUUUGAAUUGAUAUGAAGAACAAGAGGUGGUUUGCUUCUCGUUUUGAUCAUUUAUAUUUGGUCACAUAAUAUUUCCGCAAACCUGUUUCUGUAAUAGCCAUUUGGUCUAAUUAGAUUAUUUCCUAUCAUCAUGUCUUCUAUUUUCAGUCACGCAGUUACCUUUCAUUACAGUUGACUCCCUUUUGAACAAUAAAAAUCUUUAUCAUUUUAAGUUAGAAUAUUUGCUUAUACCUCUUUAUCAGGAAGCUCCAAACGCACUAAGACAGUAAAAUCAGUAUAAUUUACCUGGCUUUAGGCGAGCUACUGUUUAAAUCAUGACAGAUAGUGAAAAGAUUACUCAAACACUCAUUUUUGAAAAUUCGUGUAAAUGAAAUGCAAAAGAAUUAAUGAGUGAGUAACAUCGUCGAUUCCUUCAUUUGCAUACCGUCCUGUGUUGUGCCGAUUUCGAUAAGAUUCUUUGACAUUUCGCUUGCUUUAUUUUUCUGUUCUUCUUAUUAAAAUCAACUGGCUCCUAGGGUGGACUUGGCCUUUAACUGUACUAUUAUUCUGAAAUGACAACUUCUAAAUAUAAAGCGACAAGAAAAUGAACUGAGAAUUUGACAUAUCAGAUGAUACGCGCAAAGGAAUUGAAAUGUUGCAAUUAGACAAAGUUUUAAUUAAAAUGAUUUAUUAAUAUAGCAACGUGUAAAUAAUUUUAUUAUUAUUAAAAUUUAAAGAUUUUUAAAUGAACCAUAGGCUUUGAUUCGAUUAUCAUAUGUUUUAUGAUUUACUGGUAAUGUAUGAACCAGAUCGAUGAAUAAGCAUAAUUCCUUUAUAACACUUUCUUACGUCAAGUUGUACGUCUUUAAAACAAGUAACUGUUGCAAGAAAAUGUUCCAGAUUCAAGUAAAGAUUAUUUAUCCAUUCAUACAAAGUGAAAAUCUAGAGUAGCCGGCGUUUAAAUAGGGGUGAAUACCGUACUUUGUUUGAUAGUUUCUCGGUGAUUUUCACCUCAUUUUACUGUCAUGCUAUAUGUUCAUUUAUGUUCAUCGUUGUAGUUCUAUGUAUUAUUGUUUUUUUAUGUUCUUAUUUCAGUUGAUACAGGGCCCCUUGGUCGAUCAGUUUUAAUAACUGAAAGGGAUGCCCUGUUGAAAUAAAACGACAAAUACAAACAUGGGAUAUCACCUUUUCUCUCAGUUAAAUUAUGUUUACUAUCUAGGUAUACGGCUGUACAGGCAUCUUUUUUUGAUAAUCUUUCUAAAGUGAGAUGAACGAAGGAUGGAAUUUAACAUUCUUUUUUUUUUGCAUGUCGAGGGGUGGGGGGGGGGGGCUACAUAUGGUUAAGACCUUUUUAAUGAGAUUUCUUCUUCCUAUUACACUAAUUCCAUCCUGACAUCGAUCCUAAAAAAUAUCCAAAUGAAAUAUAUUGGGUGAAAUUCUCAUGCAUGUCAUGGUUUAAUUAUAGCACUAGAAUCCUUCUACCAAAGAGAUAACCCCAAAAAGUGUGUUGUGUAAUUAGAAUAUGAUAAUGCGAGAAUACAAUUAGUUUUAAUCUUUUUUAUGUUGUAUCUAAAUCAGUAAUAUUGAUAAAAAGAGAUAGAAUAAGCCUUCCAUAAAAGAAAAGACUAUUUAAAGAAUUCUUGUCUAACCGUACAACCGUAUGAUCACUUCCUUCCUAUCUAAGUACUAUAUCAUCGAAUUAUUUACCCCUAUUUAUACAACACAUUUUUUCAGGGAAAAAGGGAAAAUAUGUCAUUGGGCUUGUGAAUCACGUUCCCUUUGCACUUUUGACAAUAAAGUGAAGGGAACUAUUUCAAAAUAUGAAUAUCAAGCAUUUUCUUUAUUUCAAAUAUAUAGCUAGCUCCAUUUAAUAUUUUUAUUGGAGACCGUAAUAUUACAUUAAGUAGAGCUGCCCCAAUAACCCAUAUUAUACAUCAUAAAAAAGUCCACGUAACAGGCUACCAGUUUGUUUGUAAAAUGUAUAGUAGUUCUAUAAAGGAUCAUACCAGUUUGUAGUCUGAUUAUUUUUUUGUGUCCGAUCUCCUUGAUUACUAAUUUCAUAAUUACUUUAAGGAACCUGCAGACAUUACAAGCUCUGCUUUUUAUGCAGGUUCCUUCAUAUUUCACUUUAUUUACUGCUAUUAUACAUGUUAUAUUUUGUAUUUUGUAUGUAAUCAAAUGUAUUUCUCAAUUUUAUUAUGUUAUUAUUUUGCUAUCUUGUGAAGUAUGAAAAUAAAUUCAAUUCAAUUCAA